AUGGCGCUGGAGCACUGUGCUGCGGCAGCGCUGUAUAUUAGCGCCUGCAAGCGCGAGCACGCGCAAAUAUGUGAUGCCUUCGUGCAGGCCCUGGACAGGGAUGCCAAGGCUGCUGCACUUGGUCAAGGCACCGUCCCGCUCAACGACAUCGACGUCUGCUGCGUCGCGGAGGUGAUCCGCACGCUCAGCGAUGAGAGUCAGCUGCGCGUGCUGGUGCUGGAGGAGAACUCGUUUGGCCUGCCCGGCGUGACGGCGUUGAUGGAGGCAAUCGAAGCCAACCCCAAUCGCAUCCGCGAGCUGCGCCUUGGCAAGAACAACCUCAAGGACCAGGCGGCAGUGGUCAUCGGACACACACUGUCUCGCAACGGGUGCGGCUUGAAGGUGUUGGACCUGUCCGAAAACAACAUCACAAAGCUGGGCGUUAUUCCGAUUGCGGCGGCGCUGCAGCAGCCCUUUUGCGAUAUCGUGGAGUUGAGUUUCCACAACAACAAGAUCGAGUGCGACGCUGCCUCGUACCUCGGUCAGGCGCUGCGUGCAGCUCCAAAGCUGAAGCACCUUCAUCUCGGCUACAAUGCUCUGCGCGACAACGGAGCCACGCAGAUCGCUCGCAGCGUCCCCCACGCGGCGUGCCUCUCCACUCUGGACCUUACCGCCAACCGCAUCAGCCGCGAGGGUGGUGAGGAGCUGGUGCGGGCCCUCAUGACCCCUACAUGCACGGUGCAGCGCCUAAAUCUGCGCUACAACCAGCUGGAUAGCGAGACUAUCGUGCUCUUCGCCGACGUUAUCGCUCACAACACGUCCCUCAUCCAGCUUUUCCUAGGCUUCAUGAACCCCUCCCCUGAGGCGGCAGCGGCUGUCCUGUCGGCCAUCCCGCAGAACCACGCGCUGCUUCUGCUGGACAUCUACGGGUGGAAGCUGAACCCAAAGAACACCCUCGCUCUUAUUCAGGCCGUGCAGGAGAAGAACACCACCCUCGCCGCGCUCGUCACCGACGCUUGCGGUUUCAUUGCACCGCAGGUGGAUGAGGGUAAUUUGAUGCGGGAGGAGAGGCGCGACCUGCACCCCAUCUACGUGGGGCCUAACGACCGCGAUGCUUACCUGGCCACAAAGAGUCUGCGUCGCUACUCGCGUGCGCAGUCGCGCCGGCAGUCCCGCACAGCCUCUCGCGCACAGUCGCGCACGAGGGCUGAUGGCCAGCCCGCCAGUCGCACUGGCUCGUCGCACCGUCGCAGUGAGCGCGGCGGAAGCCGCCAGGCCAGCAUCUCGUCGCGCGCUGUGAGCCCGGCGGAGCAGGAGCAGGCGCCGCGGUCUCAGUGUAGCACCCCUCGCCACAGUCGGCGCAAAAGCGCCAGCGCACGCCGCCCACGCCACCGCCACGGCGAAAGCACGCCAACCGACCCUGCCGAAGCCACAAGUGCCGGCGCGCUGCUCCGAACGCCGCGCUCUGUGCCGGCGUCUAUCCGCUCCGCAUCUCGUUCUUCCAGAGCUGCAGCAGGGCAUCUGGUCCCCGUGACGUCCAGGAAUGUCGACGAGGACAUGGAUGUGCUGAUCGAUGAGUUGCAAGACACCCCAGGUGACCCGCACACAACGACGAUCCUCAAGACAAUCAUCAAGUCACUGCACGGAUCGAUCAAGCAGCAGCGCACGCAGAUCCAGGCGCUGAAGACCCGCGUGGAGGCGCUCGAGGCUCGCCGCGAGUGCCACUGCGACGUCCGUGGGGGCAGCAACAGCAGGUCCGGCACCAGCCCUCAGCGUGGUGGCAGUGCGGGAAACCCGGCAAAUUUGACUGGGCCCCUUGCGAAGGGCGGCGCCGCCGCCGCCGCAGGGAGCCAGAGCGGCACCAAGGGGCCAUCUUACCACCGCGUGAUCAGCAAGGCGGGGAUGAUUAGCUACGGAAAGAUCACCGCCACUGCGGACGCCAAUGGCAACGGAUUAUACGUGUAUCACGGUCAACCGAAUCACCAGGCACAGCACAACCCCGCUGCGCACUCCUUUCAGCGCUCCAUGAGUCGCAUGAGCCAAAACACGAGCACCACAGUUUUGGAGCGGUGCACGACGCCGCACGUUUCGCAAGAUGUACCCCCGGACAUUGCGCACCCGAACGACGAGUCUGGCGAACACCACCCGGAGGGGGUGGAGCUGCAGCGAUCCGCAGCUAUUCAGAGCUUUCCACCUCGCAUAGAGCCGUCGCCAUCGCAGGACCUCAACCCACCGCUUCGCAAGUCUGUCUCUCACGCCUUCUGA